UUGUUGCAUUUUCGGUAUUCUGCUGCUGUGCCGUAGUUGAUGCAGCCUCGCUUUCCAUUUGCAACAACAGUGAAAUAUUUUCGUGAAGUUUUCUUUCUUCCACAGCAAAAACUUGCCUGGAAACUCUAUCCGAAGGAAAGUAAUCGAAUUAUAGCAGAACAAGAUGAGACCGUUGACAGAAGACGAGACAAAGACGGUGUUUGAGAAGCUGGCGAAUUAUAUCGGGCGGAAUAUCACGCAUCUGAUUGAUCGGCCUGAUGACCCGCAUGUGUUUCGGUUGCAGAAAGAUCGGGUUUACUAUAUGAGUGAGAAGGUCAUGCGCUUCGCGACCUCGGUAGGCAGACCAGAGCUGAUGUCGCUCGGCGUGUGUCUCGGCAAAUUCACAAAGACGGGCAAGUUCCGGCUGCACGUCACGGCGGUGGACAUCCUCGCACAAUACGCGCGGUUCAAGGUGUGGAUCAAGCCGAACGGAGAGAUGUCGUAUCUGUACGGGAACAACGUGCUCAAGGCGCACGUCGGCAAGAUGAGCGAUGAUAUCCCGGAACAUACUGGCGUUGUUGUGUUUGCGAUGAAUGAUAUUCCCUUGGGAUUCGGAGUCACCGCCAAAUCAACAACCGAAGCGCGGAGGUUAGAUCCCACCGGAAUCGUCGUCUUUCGACAGGGCGAUAUUGGCGAGUACCUGCGCGAGGAAGACACCCUCUUCACAUAAUCAAUUUUUUAAAACCAGGUCCCUCAAAUGAGCAGGACUUGUUAUCUUUCAGUCAUGUCAUGGUUCACAUCUCUCUUUAUUCCAGCGUAGGAAUCAAAAGUCGGUCUCAUUUAUGGAUUAUUUCUUUUUAU